AUGGACCUGCCGCUGCCAGAUGUCUCUCUGGGAAAAUACGUUUUCAGCAACAUGUUGAAACUUGGGGACAAGACCGCACAGGUGUACCCCGGGGAACAGGAUCUGCGGCUAUCGUACAGGGAGUUGUCGAGGCGCGCGGCCUGCGUGGCCGAGGAGCUGCGCAUGCGCGGCGUGGGCCCCGGGGACGUGGUGGCGCUCGGCUGCCGCGUCGUGUCGCAGUUUCCGCCGCUCCUCAUAAGGCACCCUCCUAAGAAACGCCGUGCCGGCGCCCUUCAACCCAGACCUCGACAGGAAUUAAAGGUGGUGGUGCAGCAGACCCUGAAGCCUAAGCUGUUGGUGAGCCAGGAGCCGGCGCUGUCGGCAGUCGGGGAGGCGGCUGGGUGCGCCGCGCUGCCGCUGUCCGAGGUGGACAGCUGGCUGCAGCGAGACGCAGACCCGGAGCGGGCGCUGCAGGCGCUGUCCCCGCCAGACGCGGCCGGCUGGCUGGACUCGUGCGCCGCCAUCCUCUGCUCCUCCGGCACCACGGGGCCGCCCAAGGGCAUCAUGCUCUCACACCGGGGGCUGCUCACCUUGACUGUCGCCUUCGGGAAAAUGUCAGCACAGUUUGCCACAUCGAGUGACCGACGUCCAGAGGCCGUAAUAGCGACGUCGCCGAUUUUCUGGGUGUCUGGGCUUAUAACGCCAUUGUAUGCCCUUCACCUUGGGAAGACGGCCUGCAUACUUCCCAGCUUCGACGAGGAUACGGUAGCACGCGUCUUUUGCGAGUACAACGUUUCGAGCUUGUUCAUGCCUCCAAACUUGGCAGUGACUAUUGCCAAGAACGCCCAAAGUCCCGUCCGAAAGAUGCUGCACCACAUCAAAAUCUUAUCAGUCGGAGGGGCUGUAAUGGACGCAGAGACUCAGCUAUUCGUUGAAAAGGAGCUUGGUAAGCGGGUCAGCCAGGGUAUGAAGCACCACCACCACCACCACCAGCAGCAGCAGCAGCAGCUAGCAGCUAACAAGAAGAAGAAGACUAUCACCUGGGGUGAUGAUGUGCACAUCAUCGGCCUGUGCUGGUACAAUGGGACUACCGCAUAUGGUGUUUUCAGCAGCCAGUUCAUUAAGAUUGGUGGUGUGGCGAGUCCACCUCCAGAUGACUUCAGCACUUCUGGGAAGGAACGGUAUGGCAUGACAGAGGCUGUUGUCGUCAUGGGUGCUCAACCCGGUAGUGUUAGUCCACCAGGUUCCUCAGGGAAGCUGUUCUUCAACGUGGAAGCCAAGGUGGUGGACCUGGAGACGCAGGAGCCGGUGGGUCCCGAGCAGGAGGGCGAGCUGUGGGUGAAGUCCCCCGCGGCGGCGCUGGGCUACUGGAACAACCCGGAGGCGACUGCCGCUGCCUGGGACAAAGAAGGCUGGUUCCACACGGGGGACGUCGUGCGCUACGACCGCGACGGCUACUUCUACGUCGUGGACCGCGUCAAGCAGCUCAUCAAGUUCAGGGGACACCACGUGCUGUCGCCGCAGCUGGAGAACCUGCUGACGUCGCACCCCAGCGUGCAGCUGGCCGCCGUGGUGGGGAAGCCGCACCCCACCGACCAGGAGCACCCCACCGCCUUCGUCGUGCUGCGGCCCGGCGCCUCUGCCACCGCUGAGGAGUUGCAGCGGCUGGUAGACGAUAAGGUGGCGGACCACAAGAAGCUGCGAGGCGGGGUAAGGAUCGUGGGGGAGCUGCCGCACACGGCCAGCGGCAAGGUGGCCAAGAGGGUCCUCAGGAGGUGGGCGGCGGGCGGCCAGUAG